CGUUUUCGUCCAAACAGCCCCGAUUCGGAUUGAAGAUGGAAGCAGCCACAGCCUUCAGCAGCUGUCUCACCCGGUGAUUACCUGAUCCGGGCGGUGGUCGCUAGGUUCUUGCGUACUGACAUCUCUUUUUUUGCGCCUGUUUGCAAGGAUCAAGACGGCCACCAACCCGAGCUCUCCUUUACUUGUUGGUGCCAUUUCGUGGUCACGGCUUCGCGCAGCUGUGCAGACUUACAAUACUCCCAUAAUAGGCGAGAUAUCUACUUGAGUUCCAAUACACGCAAAACCGACGACAUUACAGAUACCUCUGUGUCGUCUUCAAUGAUGCUCUGAACGAGGUUCCUGGAGUUCGCCUCGCCUCGCAACCUUGGAAGCUCUUGCGUUACAACAUCCUAGUCCACCUAGGUCGCUGAUGCAUCACCGGCUCUUGUUGGAAGCUGCAUUCUUGCCGCCCAGCCCUUGACACCCAAGGGAGCCAUCGCUCUUUCUUAUAAGGAGUCCAAGGUUUCUCCCUACCCUAUCCUCGACGUUACGUUCCUGCCACCACUUCGCUCGACUCGACCAUACCUGGCGUUUUCAUCGCCGCGUCAUUCGCUUCUCAAGCUCGAUCGAACAGCCGUCCUUCUGCCUCCGUCCAACAGACUCUUCCCGGCAGUGCACGCCACCGAAUUCUUCUUGAACCUCACGCCUGGCCUCGCCUGUAUCGUUUGCUAUAUCGUUUGAUAGUAUUUCCGUGACGCGGCGCUGCGUCUUUCGCGUGUGCCUGUCAAUCCGCCCUCGGGUCGUUCGCCUUCAUCCAAGACUGGGAGUCUCUUUCACGAAUAGCCAACACUUUGCUCGCUUCACCUCCUCGGCUUCGUCUCCACCCCCCAUCUACUUCUUUUGCCCAGGCCCCUGAACCCUUGAUUAUACUUGUCUGGCCGUCUUUGAAACACCACGCUCCCAACGCCCUAGACUAUCCCGCUUUCAGACGACAGUCAGUGCCCCGGGCUUGGUUAUUAAGUAUGCGGAAUCCCUACAGUCCUGCGCUUUUGCUCACAAUCGAAGACCUCAGUCGUCUCACGAUGGAGGGCAAGGAUCUUGAAAGCUUCCAACCGAGCCCGAAUUCUCCGCCAGCCUCCCAAGCGGACAAUCCUCCAGUUGAAGCCCCUAAUGGCGUCACAAGCUCUUGUGAGAGAACGGCUCCGGUAGUUCCAAAUUGCGCUCUCACUCCAGUGACUACCACCAGCGGCGACAGUUCCGUCGGGAGCGAGGCUGAAAUCGAUGGCAUAUUCUCGACUCCCAAUUUCGGCGGUAAUGCCGCACUUGACUACAUCUACAAGAAAAAAAAGCCCGUCGCUGCCGUCUUCGUCCAUGCUGGCGCCGGCUACCACAGCCAUAUCAACGAACAUCUUCAUCUACAAGCCUGUGCCGAUGCUGCUCGGGUUGGAAUGGCCAAGCUGAAGCAAGGCGGAAGUGCUGUCGAGGCCGUUGUCGAGGCCAUCAAAAAUCUUGAGAACAAUUCUGUCGCCAACGCGGGAUUUGGCAGCAACCUCUGCAUCGACGGCACAGUCGAGUGUGACGCUACGGUUGUCGAUCAUAAUGGACGCAGCGGUGCUGUCGGCGCCUGUCCCCACAUCAAGAAUCCCAUUACCCUCGCCGAGCUGGUUCUGCGCGAAUCAUACAAGGCCAUGGCUUUGCGCCGAAUCCCUCCCAUCCUGCUGAUCGGCUCAGGCGCAUGCGAGUUCGCCCACGCCCAUGGCAUGACCCUCGCCUCCAACGACGACAUGGUCUCGACGAACGCUCGGGAUCGAUGGGAGAAAUGGAAUGAGGAGCUCCAGAAUGCGAAUGGGCGUACCAAACCCGUCGAGUCGGUCCUCAACCACCCGCUGCUGAGAAACCGCGAUCAUGUGGCCGCCAUUCUCACGGGCACAUUCAACGAAGGCCAGCCAGAUUCCCCCCUUCACGAGACAAGCACCCCCGCGGCGUCUCCUACGACUCCGCCACUCCGCCGUUCGCCCGGCCAGAUCACGCCGAUUAGAAGUGGCUCUGCGCCGGCUAGAUCCCCAUCGCCACCGGCCAAGCGUGUCCGCUUGAUCUCGCCCGCGGAGACCCUGGAACUGGGCAAAGGGCUGCCAUCUCCUAAGCUCUCGCUGAAGCCGGGCAGCCCGAAUCGUCCCCGCGCCCACGGCAACCAACUUGAUAGCUCCGAGGCUUCGAGGAGCGCAGCGCGUGGCGACCAGGGCAGCGAGGAAGACAGCGCGGAGGGGACCAAGGCCAACCAAGAGCACCCCAAGGAGACCAAAAACGUCAAGAAUCUCCCAAAGGAUCACCCCGCCGACAACCUCUGCCCAUCUCGGGACAGAGAUUACGCCAGCCCGGGCAAGGACCGCCCCCACGACGACGACGACGACCGUAUCAACGACACGGUCGGCGUCAUCGCCAUCGACAGCCAGGGCCGCAUCGCCGCCGGCUCCUCGUCGGGCGGCAUCGGCAUGAAGCACCGCGGGCGCGUCGGCCCCGCCGCGCUGGUCGGCAUCGGCACGGCCGUGAUACCCGCCGACGAGGGCGACGCGGCCCGGCAGGCCACGGUGGCGGCCGUGACGAGCGGCACGGGCGAGCACAUGGCGACGGCCAUGGCGGCGCACAAGUGCGCCGAGCGCCUGUACCAGGGCAGCGUGCGGGGCGCCGACGGCUACGACGUGCGGUGCUCCGACGGCGACGACGACGAGAUCAUGGCGUCGUUUGUCGAGCACGACUUCAUGUCCCACCCGGGCGUGCGCGCCGGCGAGGCCCGCCCGGCCAUCGGUGUCAUGGCCGUCAAGAAGGUGGCCAACGGCUACUACUUCUACUUUGCCCACAACACCGAGUCGUUUGCAAUCGCGUCCAUGGCGGCCUCGGACCGCGCCCCCAAGGUGGUCAUGUCGCGCAUGCCCGAGUACGCGGUGGGCGUGCGGCGCCCGCUUACCAUGCGCGGGGCGCGCAAGAUCUCGGCCUGAUGAGCGGGGGUGGGCAGGUCGGUUAUACUAUCCACUUUAUACCAGGACGAGACCAGGGUGGUCCGAAUGUCAAGAAGGACGCGGCGCGGGUCAGACGUAAUCAACAUUCCUAAAGCGAGCAAGUUCCAAGUAUCGAGUAUCAAACCCCUAGACACAGAGCCGAGAGGCUUCCGUUAGAAAAUAUGAACAGGCAUCAAUGCCAGAGUAUCUGCCA